GGCAAUUGCAAAUGGCGGCAUCUGUUUUUGUUCAAUGGCGUUAACGAUAUCAGUACAUUUCAUGGCUUUAUCGUCACAAGUUUAGGUGGUUCCAUGCCAUCGCUGUGAGGAUGGGUCCCCAAGAGGACUACAUCGAGACAGUCUUCACAUGUGAAGGAGAUAUCAAUGACCCAAACCUUCAGUCGCGGUUGGAAGAUUUUCAAAGCCAGCUCAAAGAACUUUUAUCAACAGAUAAAAGAAAGUUGAUUUUAAAGAAAGUAGAACCUUGGAAUAGUGUGCGUGUGACAUUUAACAUACCAAGAGAGGCUGCAUGGAGGUUGAAACAACUUGCCCAACAAGGCAAUGUUACUCUUAGGCAGCUUGGAGUAUUAGCUGUUCAGAUAGAGGGAGAUCAGCUUAUUUCACUGACAAUUGCAGGAAGAAAUAAUGCAAGAACACAACUUAUUUUUAGAACAGCAGAUGAUACUGUAGAUGCUCCUAACCUAUCAUUACUUGACUCUGGAGGGGGAACCCAUGAAUAUGGAUCUCCAGGUCCUACCAAUGUUCAGUCAACACGUAGGAAUAUUGCAGACUAUCUUCGACAGGGGGCAUCUAUAUUUGAUUCCAUUCUUACACAAGAUAGUGAAAGUGCUCAGAAUACGUCUGUUCAUGUAGGAAGGAAUCCUAAUAUAAUUGGCGGUGCAAAUUUUCAUCCUGACAAAAAUAUUCAAAAUAUUGCAUCUCAUACAGCAUCAUCAAGUAAAGCACAAGGUCCUUCAUACAGUCAUUUUCCAGCUGAAAUUGAACAAAAUGCUAUAGGUAUGGAUAAGCCUCCUCCUCCACCAUAUCCUGAGGGGAGUGCUUGGGUUAAUAAUAUAGCAAGGGGCAUUCGAGGAAUUCCUCAUACAACAAGCCCAUUACUGGUAAAUUUAUUACAAACUGAUCCUGCCUUUGCAUUAGCUGGAAUGAACAAUUUCAUGAACUCUAAAAUGAUACCGCCACCCCCAGAUGCAAGUCCACCGUUAAAGAAAAAGCGUAAACCAAGAAAGCCAAAGGCGGGUUGUGAAGGAGAAGCUACUAUACAAAGUGUUCCGAAUCCUGUUUUAUCGUCUUACUCUAUGCCUACAUCUGGUAGUGGUAAUAACAUUCUACCUGUUCCUAUGGUAACACAGGCUUUGGCAGCUAACACUCAACCUUCAGUAACUUUUUCCAAAUCAGUGCCAUCAGCAUCAGAAAUGAUGUUUUCUUCAGUUAAUGAAGAUAGAGCAAAUUAUCCUGAAGUUCUGAGUAGUAAGGCUUUAAGUAUGUCAUCUACAGGAACUGCAGGUGAACCGAUACAGUCUUUACCUGAAAGUACUGUAGGAAAGAUCAUAAAUCCUUAUACAGGACAUCUGGAACCAAUGGAGCAUUCUGAUUCUAAUCCUGCCAAAAACUGUGUAACAUUUGAUAGACUUUCACCUCUAGGAUUAAGUAGUCGUGAACAAACACUGCUGUCCAAAGAGAGAAUGAAUCAUAUAAUAUCGCAUAACAAGUUACCAAGUACUUGUAACUCAAAUAUACCAGCAUCAAGUACGCACUGUUCUGUUCCUUUACAGCAGUGUCAAACAAUUUCUGCAUUGUCUGUGGGAUCUCGUAUUCAAGGCAGCGAAUCAUUAUCUGUGACUGUAUCAGCUAGAAGCAGUAGUUUGGCAUUAUCGUCAUCACAAAAUUACAAUUUAGUGCAAUCUAGUCCCAUAGCAAGUGUCAGUAAACGGUCCAAUAUUCUAUUAGAUAUGUCUGGGAAAAGUCACUUUCCAUCACAAACUUGUUCAAUGAGCAUUUCUUCUAACAAAGAUCUGUACAAAACUGCAGCAUUACAUGGCCAUCACAUUACAGUAUCAAAUACAGUUUCCAGUGGUUCUAGAACAAGCACUGCUGAAUCUACUUACUCAUCGCAUAAACAUUUAUCCAAUAAGGACCAUGUGAAAUUGAUCAGUUCUGAAAAUUUGCUCAACCCCCUGAAAAAUCCAGCCAAAAAAACAGGCAGCUGCUCGGACAGUAGUAUUGGUGUUAACACUGAACACUCCAGUCAUACAAAAUCCAUACAUGACACUCAUAUGCAAAAUGAUAUUGGUGCUGUUACUACGGGAUGCACAACUGAAAUAAAUUCUAAAGUGUACUAUAAUGAUUCAGGUGUUGGGAGUUCAUCUGAGAGGUCAGACGAUACUCCAUCAGAACCAGGGGAUUCUGAUUUUAAAUCUGCAAACAAUCACAAUCACGUGGAAGAAUUUUCUAGAUCAGUGUUUCAUGAAAAUUUAGUUCAAAAACAGAAUUUAUUAAACAAACCUGACAAACAAGUAAUAACUGUUGGCUAUGCCAUGUCAAAUCAGCAACAGAAUGAGAAGUACAGCAAUGAUGUUUCAAAUAUUUUGGCAAUAGAUAAAGCUCUUAGGCACCCUGCAUUGAAAAAGAAAAAUAAUGAUUUGACUAAAAAUAAUGAUUUGACAGACCAUCAAGUGGCAAUGAUGCAUUUAUUUAGUAAGAGCAAAAAGAAAAGCCCAAAGCAUUUCUUGCACGAAGAUGUUCUUACAAAGGAACAUCUUCAAUUGUUACAGAAAGUAGAUAGUAUGCAGUAUUUAAAGGACAGUUUUCAAGCACAUGGAAAACAUGAUAAAUCAAAUCAGCAUUUAUUGUCAAAUUCAAGGCUGGCUGUUCCUGGAAGAAUAGAAAACCUACAUUCUCCAACAAGCAUACAACCUAGUGCAAGAACUCCUUCUCCAAGAUUGUUUGCAAAUCAUGAUCCGAAAGAAACUAGUGACAUCAAUAUGUGCAAUAAAACUAGACAUAACAUUGAUAAUACACCUGUUUCUGAAAUGGAAUCAAUGCAAAAUGAUAUAAUAUCAUCUUAUUUGACACAGAAAAAACAUGAGAGAAAAACUAAAUCACCAAUAAGUGGGAAUUUAACUGUAUCAGCAGCUAUGGAAUUGAUCUCUUUAGAAAAUAUGAUGUCUGUGAAUAGUGCUAUAGGUAAACAUGCGGAAGGAAUGAAUGCUCAGGGUAUUCUAAAAAAUGACUUGAUAAACAAUGUAAAAAGACCGGAAAAUAUUCUAGGAUCAAAUGAAAAUGAAGUUACAAAACUAUCAAAGUCUGGGUCGUUCAAACGAAGAUCUCCUGCUUCAGCAUUGUUGAAUCCAUUACCGCAGCAAUUUUUUGAUCCGAAAAAAUUGACUGAAUCUGUUCAAAAACUAGUUAAACCUCUUCUUCCUGAAUCAUCAACUCUACCUCAUUCUCAGAGACGUUCACCAGGAUCAGUUGGUUCUAGAGCCUGUACUUCUCCUCAGUCACUGAAAAGUGAUGGACUCAAAGAUUCCAUGGACAAUUCAGACAAUGUGAUAAAUGGUCCAAUAGAAUCUGAUCUUAUUUUUAACAAUGACACCUGUGUAGUAACUAGUGAUAUUUUAUCAAAUUCCUCUUCAGAUUUCCUAAAAAUGGAAGCUGAAAAUGGAGUGAAAAAUAAUUUAAACUCUCCAAUUUUUAACCAUGUUUUAAGUGAAAAAACUCCAAAAUCAAAUGAUGCACACAAUAGUGACAAGAAUGGUGAUUGUAGAAGUGAUACUAGGAACUUAGGAUCUGGAAAUCAUUCCUUAUCUUCUCAGGAAAGUGCUCCUUCUAGUGUUAGUGCUGUACCUAAUAUUUAUAACCAGUCAAACAAAUCUAGUUUGGACAGUAGUUUUAGAUACUCUACUGACAUGACAGAGCAAAAUAUUCAGGAGAAUCAUAAACAAAAUGCAAGUGAUCAUGUGAAAGUGCCAAUUGAGGUUUCAGUAAUGGAUUCAAUAAGCUUAGACUCAACUGUUACAACAUCAAAAAUUGACCUUUCUAAAGUGCCAACAAAUAAUAAUGGUUCAGGAAUAAAUCCUAUAAAUCCUGAAAACGAUAAAUUGCUUGAUAAAAGUGUGAAAAAUAAAAAUUUGAACAAGAAAUCUGAUAGUUCGUGCAAUACAGGUGUUGAAUAUUCUUUGUUAAAAGUUAACUGUGAUUCUGAAAAAACUUCUCCCAAAUCUAGUCAGAAAUCUACGAGUGUGUCACCAGUGAAAAAAGGCAAAUCAGAUGAAAAAGGACCUAUCAAGCUUCAUCUUUCUCAUGGCAUUAUUACAAAUCCACAACCAUUUAGUAAAGAGGAGUUAGCAAAUGAAACUAAUAUAACUGUGAUAACGAGAUCCGAUCCUAGGAAAACAGAAAACUCUGCAGGGGAACCAACUGUUCCACCAUUAGUGUUGAAGGUAUCUCGGAAACCAGCUGUUGUUGAACCAACUACAGAACAAAAACAUGAGGAAUCUCAAUCACUAACUAUGUCUCUAAGAGCAAGGAAAGCAUCUGAUGCAUCGGAAUCAAUACACAAUUUAAGGCCACCUAAGCCAGUACGUCAGAAAUCUGUUGAACAAGAAGUGGAACAAUAUAAAAUAGUUGAUGAUUCUUCAUCUAAAUCUCUGCGGCAGUCACGAAGAAGAAAAACUACAUCGGACAGUGAUCCUGCACUAGAUUCAGAUAAGAGACUUCAUAUUGAAAACUGUUCAGAAGAAACUGACGAGAAAGUAGGAAAAACAGAAGAAAUACAAACUGAAAUUGGUGAAGGUCUCACAUUAUUUGAUACUGUUAAAAGUGGUCUUAGAGCUAGGACUCAAAAUAAGCCUGAAGAAAAGAUCAAAGUUAGUCCUAAAGAGCUUAAACAGAGCAAAAGUGUUGAAGAAGACAAUGUGAAACGUAACAGUCAAAAUCGUAAGAAUCGACAGUCACCAACCUCCACUGACAAACAACAAACAAAAGAAGCUAGAGAAAAAUCGCCUGGAAGAAUUGUUAGAACUAGAAGUGGACAGAUUUCCCCCAGUGCUGAAGAUGAUAAUAGUAAGAGAUCAACACGAUCAGCAAAGCCUAAAAAUCAGAGUGUUGAUACACAAAAUGAUGUAACCGAUCUACCUCCUCCAAGCAAGAGACGUCGCACCACAUCUCGUGACCACAGAUAGGAAGCUGUCUCAUCACUGUACAAAUGUAUAUAUAUAUAUGUAUAUCCUCAUAAAUAGCCAGUGUUAUUGUUGACAAGAAAUGGCAUAUAAUGUACAUGAUGUAAAAUAGUGUAUAAUUUAAUAAAAAAUAGUGCUUUGAUAUCCAUUGUGUAUAGAUCAUGUGAUAUUCACUUAGUCUCCCUGUAGACGGGGAGGUUGUACUUUUUAAUAAAACACUUAAUGGUUUUUGUAUUGUGAUAAUUUUGUUGUAAUGAUAGAGUUUAUAAUGAAUUUUUUGUUUAACUGCCAGAUGGAAUAUAUUUUAAUAAGUUUUUGUCUAUUGCUGUUUACAAAAGUAUACUCUUCACAUUUUGUCCAUUUAAGUACACAUGUGCAUUCUAACAGGUUUUUGUUCUUGAUGCACAAACUAAAUUUCGAUUUCAUGCUUUUUGUUGCAGUUUUUCUUCCUUAUUACCAGUACACAAACUGAUAUUUGAACAUUUUAACGACCAGUAUAAUUAUUAAUAGAACCUGAUUGAUAUCUCUUCCUUUCUUACCUCAUAACUUAUUCAGUUUUUAGUGACUGUAUAUAUGUAUACAUUUAGUCAUUAGAGGCCUUUAGAUACAUUGUAUUAGAAGUGUAGACCUUUAUUAACACUCUCACCAGAUAAUUAGGAAGAAUGAAUUCCUGCACUUAAGGUUAUCAUGAAAUCCAACACAUAUCAAAUUAAAAGAAUACAACUAUUAAAACCCUAAAUUACAAAAUUAACUUUGCUAAUUAUUUGUUAUAUUUGAAAUAUAGAUAUAUUUGCUUUGAUGGAUCAAAAUCUGUUUUAAUAUUUUCAUCACCUGCGAGUAAAUUGACAUCAAAACAGUGAAAAAUAGAAUUUACUUGAAUAUCCUAUAUCUAAACAAGAAACUUUAAAAGUUUUAACUUCAAAAUUGCAUAAAUAUUAUAGUGUACUUAAUAAAUGUGUAACCCCAUACUGUUCUCUCAUCAAUUUCUUUUUAGCAAAUAUUUAGCUGUAACAUAAACAAAAAUUGCAGCUUCUCAUUUACAACAAAAUGGAAUUCUGUGCAGUAAUAUUUAAAGCAUUUUGUUGAUAUGACUGAAAACUAGAGAUUUCUUGACUUCAGUCAUGUGAGCUGCUGAAGCAGUUUAUUUAAAUGGAUAAAAUGAGAACUGUAUGACUGUGUGUGAAUGCAGAAUAUUGCUUUUUGAAGAUUGUUUAUUUUAUAAGGGCUUCGUGUUUGUUGAUAUAUUCUUGUUUUCUAGUCCUCAUAGAACUUAUCUUUACAAUCCUCUUAACAGAUUUAUUUCUUCAUAGAGUUUAUGAAUACAAAUAAUGUGGAACGGUACUGACUGUCUGUACAUAACAUGUGUAUAUAAUAUAUAUAGUUGUCCAUCUAAAACAUGUAGAUAAUACUGUUAUCACCAUCUUACAUUUCACAUGCUGGGUCAUGAAGACUGUUGAUUAUUGUAACAUUUUAUAAACAAUUUUCGUGUGAGACUCGAGUUUUUAACUUUCUGUCAUCGAGAAAUGAAAUUUUAAAACAUUUUUUCUAAAGUUAUCACUGUGUAUGUGUCUGCCAUCAUCAGUAGAACACCAAACUAAUGCUUGUUAAGUAUUUUUACUCUUACCUUGUUAAUUGCUUUUGUCUCUUAUAUAGGCUUUAAUGGUAACAUUGUCUUCAGUAAUGAGAUUAUUUCAAAUUGAUUUUUUAGAAAGUCUCAAUCUAUUUUGAAGAAAGAUUUUUUUUUCUUAAACUACAAUUCCUUUACUUUCUUGAAGUUGAUUUGUUACACACUGCAAGAAAUUGCAUCAAUAAUAUAAAUUUAAUUUGACUUGACAACUUCCAAUUUCAAAGAGGUCUACUAAAUGAUUGUUAAAAGAAGUGUCCUAAUCUAUAUGGAGUCGAGAUUUUAGCAAGUUAUUGUAUUUUAAUCAGAUAUUUCAGUGUUUUUGACUUGUUUAUUUUAACCAAAAAGUGAUAAAAAUAUUUCUUUUGUUAUAAAUCAUGUUAGGAAAUAAAUCCACUGAUUUUAUGUGUGUUGUAUUUUCUUAUACAUUUUCGCUCUGAUUUGAGUAUUAAAGAUGAACAGAAAUGCAUAGUAUAUUAUAUAUACUUAAGUGUUAACCACUUGUUCAAUUCCUGUCCCUUGUUAAAACAUCAUUGAAAAAGCUGUGCUAAUUGUUACUUUUUUCUUUUGAAAUUACAUGUAGCUAUCAAAAGUAUGAACUUUGAAAGUUUCUGUAGUUCAUUUAUAUAAUUUUUGGACAGUUUCCAAGAAAUACAGCAAAGCAUUGUAGUUUGAAGUCAAGGUCAAUAUACAAUUCUCAAAAACCAAGAGCCCAUUAGUGCACUUGUUAACUUGAUAAAGCACAAAGCACAAAGGAAAUUAAGAUGCUCUCCAAUUGGACUUUCUCAACUCUUUAUUUGUGGUAAAAAUUAUGUUCACAUCCAUAAAAAUAUAAAACUCAUGAUUCAAACACUUGUUCGGAAUUGGGGAAUAGUGUUUGAAUUAUAGAUUUUCACUUCUGUGUUUUCAAAGUUUUAUAAGUUCAGAAAAAAAAGACUAAUUGGUUUGUUGCUUAUUUACGAGCUCUUGCUACUGGACAAGCAAGCAACAAUCAAUCAGUAUUGAGGAGUUCAAAUGUAUGAAACCUCACAUGUGAAUGAGAAAAUUUCUGUUAUAAGUUUGUCCUGUUUGCAGCUGUUUUAUUUACCGGUAUGUGCAUUAUAACCUAAUUUGAAAAUCAAAAGUGAUAGAUACCGAUUAUCAGGUUGUCUGCAUAUUGAUAUUGUAAAAUAUCAGCUGCCAGUCACAAUAUGAAGCUUUUUGUAGAAUGCUCUUUUUGUUAACAGGAAAAAAUAUAAUUCUCAAAAUUUAUUGAUAUUUCAGAUUCAAUAUCAUUUAUAAAAGAGUAUAUAAUCUUCUCUGAAGCACUACAAACCUGAUUCCAGACUGGAUUUGUAUUUUAGAUUUCAGAUUCUAGAACUACAGUUAAUUCCAACAUAAAUAUGCUAAGCAAACAUCUCAUUGGCAAUCAUACCACAUCUCCUUAUAUUGGUGUCUUGAUUAGAUUAGUUGGAUAGUGUUUUAUUUAAAAACAAUUGGCUAUUCCAAAUAUGUGUUAUGAUGCUUAUCAUAAACAAAUUCUCACUGACAUGAACUUGUAUGCACAGAAGUUAAAAUCUAUUACACUGUUAGUACUUUAUUUAAAUGAUGUUAUAGAAUUUACCUUUCAAGCAUAACUAUAUUGCUUCUUGACACUUAAAUCUAUGACAAGUUAUAAAUCAAGUUGAUUGUAAAAAUAAAAUUGCUCACCAUUUUUUCUGUUGAUAAGAAUAAAAAGAAAAAAGUGUCCCUGACUGUUUUGAAGUUGAAUUUGUCUAUAAGUUAAGGGAUUUAUACUUACUGGUGUUUCUAGAAGUUGGAAUAAAAGAAAAACAUUCACAACUGUGAAGAUGUUCAUUCAGACACAUAUAUUGAGAACUAGAAUGGGGAGUACAUUGGGACACUGUUUGUAUUAUUAAGUUUGAUGUAUAUGUCUAUUUAUUCAAUCUUUUGUAUUAAAACAUCAUGAAAGUUUUA